AUGGUUAAGUUAACGAUGAUAGCUCGUGUUACUGAUGGCCUUCCUCUGGUAGAGGGACUGGAUGAUGGUCGUGAUAUGCCUGAUGCUGACUUUUACAAACAGCAAGUGAAGGCAUUGUUCAAGAAUCUUUCAAGGGGCCAGAAUCAGCCAUCUAGAAUGUCGAUCGAAACUGGGCCAUAUAUAUUCCAUUAUAUCAUUGAAGGGCAUGUAUGCUACUUGACUAUGUGCAAUCGUUCUUAUCCUAAGAAGCUUGCUUUUCAAUAUCUUGAAGACAUAAAGAAUGAAUUUGAGCGUGCAUAUGGGAAUCAGAUAGAAACUGCUGCAAGACCAUAUGCUUUCAUAAAAUUUGACACUUUUAUGCAGAGGACAAAGAAACUGUACCAGGAUACAAGAACUCAACGGAAUAUUGCAAAGUUGAAUGAUGAACUCUAUGAGGUGCACCAGAUAAUGACCCGCAAUGUACAAGAGGUCCUUGGUGUUGGUGAAAAGUUGGAUCAGGUCAGUCAGAUGUCCAGUCGCUUGACUUCUGAAUCUCGCAUAUACGCUGAGAAGGCAAAAGAUUUAAACCGCCAGGCUCUGAUUCGGAAGUGGGCCCCUGUUGCCAUUGUUCUAGGAGUCGUUUUCCUCCUGAUGUAUGUCAGAAAGAAAUUUUGGUGA